CCACCAUCCAAGGCAGGUCCACACUAAAAAAAGCAGCUGCCUGCCAGAGAUUUUUAGAAUCUCUGUUCAAGACAGAAAAAGCUAUGUGUCUUGCUACAAGUUGCAACCUGUUCUCAACAUUACAUAUGUCGAAUAUGGUCACGUUUAAAUUGUGUUUUUCUUAAAAGCCAUGAACGUUUUUGGUUGUGGUCUACCAAAUGCAGUAUUCCCGUCUUCAGCCGAGACGAGCGUUUCGCCUUUGAAGAAAACAACAGCGAUUUACAACUUGCUGAUACGUUGUUUCUCCUUCUUCAAAAUAAAAAGAAGAUGAGUAUACAUAUUCCCGCUACGUUUUGGUCCACUCCAUACGACAACCGUGACAAUAAGUAGGGUCGAACAUCAUGGCAACCUCCCACAUUCUCUUCAUCUGCCUCCUCCUCAUCCUUGCAGUUUUAUCGCAGGAGCCGCCCACCUCUAAACAAGAUUUUUAUGAGCUUUGGCAGUGGUGCUUUGACAGAGUUAUUCUGUUUCCACCCUCUCCCAGAUCCGCCCCCAGAUCACUGGCUGCGUCUCCCAUGACAUGAACACGUUCCGCUGCAGAUGGAAUGUCGGAGUAUUCCAGAACCUCACAGAACCCAGAGACCUGCGGAUAUUCUACUACAUUAAUGAUAAGAACAUAUCUCCCAAGGAGUGGGAUGAAUGUCCUCACUACGCUGACAGGACAGACGAGUGCUUCUUCAAUGAAAGCUACACGAAGGUCUGGAUGACCUAUAGUGUCCAGCUCCGCUCUGGCGAUCAGGACAUUCUCUAUGACGAGGUCAUCUUCACUGUAGAAGACAUCGUGGAACCAGACCCUCCAAUAGCGCUGAACUGGACCCUGCUGAAUGUGGGUCUAACCGGGAGCCACUUUGAUAUCAUGUUGAGCUGGGAACCGCCACACUCUGCAGACGUGUCGAUGGGCUGGAUGACGCUGCAGUACGAGGUGCAGUACCGCGAGGUCAACUCAACACUGUGGAGGACGGUGGACCUUGAAAAGGGAAUGCAGCGAUCGCUAUACGGGCUGCGCACCAACACAGAUAAUGAGGUCAGGGUGAGGUGCAAGACGCUAGCAUCCCGUAACUUUGGGGAAUUCAGCGACUCCAUAUUCAUACACAUCCCUACUAAAGAGUCGAGACUUCCAGUUACUGUCCUGCUUGUCUUUGCUGCUUUGGGUUUGGCAGUCAUCCUAAUGCUGGUAGUCUAUUCCCAGCAACAGAAGUUGAUGGUGAUUCUCCUGCCUCCAAUUCCUGGUCCCAAAAUCAAAGGCAUCGACCCAGAGCUUCUUAAGAAAGGUAAGUUGGCUGAGCUGACCUCCAUCCUGGGCGGCAUCCCUGACUUGAGGCCAGAGCUGUACAGCGACGACCCCUGGGUGGAGUUCAUCGAGCUGGACAUGGAGGAGCCCAACAACAGGCUGACUGUGCUGGACACCCAGUGCUUGAUGGACCACUGUGCCUCCUCAGACUGUCCCCCUAUCACCAUUGGCUUCAGGGAUGAUGACUCGGGCCGGGCCAGCUGCUGUGACCCUGAUCUGCCUGACCCAGAGGCCUCCCCCUUCCACUCCCUCCUCUCCAACACCAGCUGCGCCCUGGAGCCCUCUUGCCUGGCCAGCACUAAGGCCAGCUCCCCAGUCCAGACCCCCACCACUGAGGAUUCUCCCUGGGCCGCCCCUGGCAGGGAGGACCUCUACACCCAGGUGAAUGAGGUGAGACUAACUGGUGAAGUGCUGCUGACACCUGAGGAGCAGAGGAAGGUGGAGGAGAAUGCAGAGAAGGAUGCGAAGGAAAAGGAGAAAGAAAAGAAGAGGAAAGAGUUUCAGCUGCUGGUGGUGAAUGCUGAUGUGGGAGGCUACACCUCAGAGUUAGAUGCUGGGAAGUUGAGUGCCAGACUCCCCACUGGGAGAGCCAGCCAGCCUGCUUCAACGGAGGACAGUAGUCUUGUGCAGGGACAGCCCUUCGGGGAGUACCAGAGCCUGUACUUUGAGGCUGAAAUGCCCCCCAUUCCACCUGCCUCUCCUGUCUCCCCACUGCCCCCUGUCUCUGCCUACACCAUGGUGGAGGGAGUAGACAGGCAGAACAGCCUCCUUCUGAAGCCUGGACCCACACCAGCACCCCAGACAGUUCUAACCAAGCUUCCCCUGCCCACACCUACACCAGAGGGGUACCUGACCCCUGACCUACUGGGCAACAUUACACCAUAACAGAGGUGUAGGGACUAUGCCAGUCAUUUGUGAUUGGACACAGAUCAGAGGGGGCAUAGAAAUUCAGUGCCUGAGUGACUAAACACAAAAGAGUAGGGUCCCAAAUGUCAUACCUACAAAAAUGAGAGGGGGUCCCUGCCUGCCCCCCCUCUUCCCGUUCCUUCUCCCAACAUGCAGCUGUAGACAUUUUGAGGUUUGGUAAGAUGGAUGGUGAGUACAGGAGAGGGUUCUGUUCUUCAAGGUGCCACACCUGUCUGCAAAAACUUAAACAAAAACUUAGUGAACAAAGGAAAUAGGGAAAGGACAAGAAGGAAUUAUGGUCUCUCACAAGAACUGGCCAUAUGAACCUCUUCACAUAUUAUGAAUGUGAAAUAAAAAUAUAUAUUUUGAAGAACAUCACCUACAUGUGACUUUAAAUGCCAGCACAAGGAAAAAUACUUAACUUCGUGUUGUUGAUAAUGUUGUUUACAGUAAUCCCAAUAAUUGGUCUUUACAACUAUGAAAAGUAUUUAUAGAUCUCAAUAUUGUGUCAAGAGGGAAGUAUUUGGUGACCAAGUGGGAAUCUACCAUAUGUGUUCUGCUGAUUGACUGUGGCUUUUCAACAAGUCUAAAAUAGUAGGUCAUUGUGCUUACUGAAUGUUUGCUGUUAUUUUGCAUAUAUAAAAAAUGUGUGAUUAUUAAAACAAGAAAAAAUAAUUCUGCUUACUAUGUUGUUACCACUUACAAAAAGGGGACUAUCAAAUGUCAGAUUAUCCUUCUGGAGAUCUGUAAAUGCUAAUCGUUCUUUAUUGUACAGCUAUAAUGUUACUCAUAAACAUCUUUCACAUUUAAA